GCGUCCCUUCGGUCACGUGCCCGGUGUUAUACAUGUGUGUUUGUGUCACGUGACGCGGCGGCCGCCAUGCUGUCCCGGCUGCUGAAGGAGCACCAGGCCCGCCAGAGCGAGCGGCGCGAGCUGCAGGAGCGGCGCCGCCGGGACGCCAUCGCGGCCGCCACCCGCCUCACCGAGGCCCUGGUGGAUCACCUGAACGUGGGGGUGGCCCAGGCCUACGUGAACCAGCGCAAGCUGGACCAGGAGGUGAAGACGCUUCAGGUGCAGGCGGCUCAGUUCGCCCGCCAGACCGGCCAGUGGAUCGCCAUGGUGGAGAGCUUCAACCAGGCCCUCAAGGAGAUCGGUGACGUGGAGAACUGGGCCAGGAGCAUCGAGCUGGACAUGAGGACCAUCGCCACCGCCCUCGAGUACGUCUACAAGGGGCAGCUGCAGCCCUCCUGCUCCUGAGGGACCCCCAAAACCCCCCCGGGACCCCCCCAGAAACCCCCCAGACCCAAAUAACCAGUGGGGGUCUCACCACGCUGCCGCCCCCAGCACUGAGAGCAAUGCAAUAAAUGGGGGUGUGGAAUAAAGGGGAGGGGCAGGGGGGGUGUGUGGGUGUGGGGGGGGGUCAGGCCGGGCCAGGGGGACCCUGGCACAGCCCCCCCCCCUCCCCAAAUCCCCCCCUAAGCCCCCUCAUCCUCUUUAGUGCUUA